GGCUCAGCAGCAGAUGGGAUCUGGGCGGGACCCCCGGAUUAAGCGAUGAGAGGGGGAUCAGCCGGGAUUAAUCCCGAUCCGUGUCCAACCAGGGGCCGGAGCCUCGGUAAAUAACGGCGCCCGGGGCCGUGCCAGCCGUGCCAGCUGUUUUCCAGGGAUUUCAGGGCUCCCUCGCCUUUAUCCCCAUCCUGCGGAGGAGCUGCAGGCGGGCAGCACAGGGCAAGGACCUGCCAGGACCUGCCAGGACCCACCAGAACCUGCCAGGACCUGCCAGGCCCCGCCAGGGCCGUGCCCGGCCGCGCUCCGGAGCACUCUCGGUGCCCAUGGGGCGAGAUUUUGGGGGUUCUGGGGGCUCCUGGAGGGCGCGGCCCCCACCCCAGAGCUGCGCAGCCCAGCCCGGGAGGCUCCUCCCGGCGGCGGGAGGGGAGGGGAGGCUGAGCUCGGGGACAGGCGCCGCUGCUGGCAUCGGGACACCGAGGGUUCGUCCGGCCCAGACCAGGAGCUCCCGGCACUCCCAGGGCUCCCAGCCUGGCCUGGCCGACCAAGCCAAGCUCUCCUUCGCCUCGGCCGAGUCCCUGGAGACCAUGUCGGAGGCGGAGCUGCCGCUGGCCUUCAACAGGAUGAACCGGUUCCGGCAGAGCCUGCCCCUGUCCCGCUCGGCCAGCCAGACCAAGCUGCGCUCCCCAGGGGUGCUGUUCCUGCAGUUUGGGGACGAGACGAGGCGGGUGCACAUCACGCACGAGAUCAGCAGCAUGGACACCCUGCACGCCCUCAUCGUGCACAUGUUCCCGCAGAAGCUCACCAUGGGCAUGCUCAAGUCCCCCAACACCGCCAUCCUCAUCAAGGACGAGUCCCGCAACGUCUUCUACGAGCUGGAGGAUGUCCGAGACAUCCAGGACAGAAGCAUCAUUAAAAUCUACCGGAAAGAGCCGCUCUAUGCCUCGUUCCCAGCCUCACACAUCACCAACGGCGACCUGAGGCGGGACAUGGUUUACACCUCCCGGGAAUCCUCUCCCACCCGCCGGCUCAACAACAUCUCCCCAGCCUCCCACCUGGCCUCCGGCUCGCCCCCGCCCGUGCUGCAGUCCUCGUCGCCGUCCCGCUCCCGCAUGUCCUACAGCGGCGGCCGCCCGCCCUCGUACGCCGGCAGCCCCGUGCACCACGGCGAGCGCCUGUCCAGCCUGCCCCCGGCCCAGGGCGUGUCCCCCAGCCCCAGCGCCAUCCUGGAGCGCCGCGACGUCAAGCCGGACGAGGACCUGGCGGGCAAGAACGUGGUGCUGGUGAAGAACGAGGGGCUCUACGCCGAUCCCUACGGCAUGGUGCAUGAGGGCCGGCUCAGCAUCACCUCCACGCAGUCGCUGGCGGGCAUGGGGGACCCCUUUGGCUACUCGGGGGGGCUCUACAAGCGGGGCUCCGUGCGGUCACUCAGCACCUACUCGGCGGCCGCGCUGCAGACGGAGCUGGAGGACAGUUUGUACAAGCCCAACGCGCCCAUCUACAGCGACACGUACGGCCCCGGGCUGGGCUUCCGCAUGCCGCCCUCGUCCCCGCAGAAGAUGGUGGAGCCCGGGCAGAGCCCGCACAGCCCCUACUCGGGCCCGCCCAGCCGCUCCUCGCCUGUCCGUCAGUCCUUCCGCAAGGAUUCCUGCUCCUCCGUCUUCAUGGACAGCCCCGUGGGCAAAACGCGCAACCCCAGCUCGUCCGGGCCCCCCGAGCUGUUCCCCGGCCCCGCAGAGCGGCCGCUCUCGGGCUUCGGAUCACCCGGAGCGGCCAAGGACACGGAGACCAGGGAGCGGAUGGAGGCCAUGGAGAAGCAGAUCGCCAGCCUGACGGGGCUGGUGCAGAGCGCGCUGCUCCGCGGCUCCGAGGCCGAGACCCCCAGCGAGAAGACAGAAGCCACCAACGGCGGGACCCCCCCGUCAGCGUCCACCAGCCGCAGUGGCAUGGGCACCCCGGUGCCCGCGCCGCCACCGCCCUCGGCCACCAGCACCCCGGCGGGGCAGCCCACGGCCAUCACCCGCCUGCACAUGCAGCUGCACCUGCACGACCUGCAGCAGAACGCCAGCGACCUCCGCAACCAGCUGCAGCAGCUCAAGAAGCUGCAGCUGCAGAACCAGGAGACGGUGAAGUCGCUGCUGCGGCGGACGGAGACGGAGCUGAGCGUGCGGGUGACGGACACGAUGCGCAAGCACGAGGACCCUCUGCAGCGCCAGCGCAGCUUGGUGGAGGAGGAGCGGCUGCGCUACCUCAACGAGGAGGAGCUCAUCACCCAGCAGCUCAACGACCUGGAGAAGUCCGUGGAGAAGAUCCAGAAGGAUCUGGCGCACAACCACCGGCUGAUCCCGGCGCAGGAGCUGGAGGAAAAGGCCGUGGUGCUCAAGCAGCUGGGGGAGACCCUGACGGACCUGAAGGCCCAGUUCCCCAGCCUGCAGAGCAAGAUGCGGGUGGUGCUGCGGGUGGAGGUGGAGGCCGUCAAGUUCCUCAAGGAGGAGCCCAACCGCCUGGACGGGCUCCUCAAGCGCUGCAAGACCGUCACCGACACCCUGGCCCAGAUCCGCAGACAAGUGGACGAGGGCGUGUGGAGCUCGCCCAGCAGCCUGAGCCAGUCGCCCAAGAAGGUGGCCCCGGAGACGGAUUUCAGCAAAGGGCUGGAGCUGGAGAUGCCCACCAGCCCUCCCGUGAGCCUGCACCACCUGACGGGCACCCCCGAGCCCCUGGGCGUGCCCGGCUUCGCCCCCCAGCCCCAGAGCCACCCCGGCAAGAGCAAUAACCCCUCGCGAGCCCCGGAGAUGGUGCCCGCCAAGACGCAGACGGGGCCCGAGACCCCCAGCAAGAAGAGCGCGGACAAAGCGGUGUCCGUGGAGGCGGCGGAGCGGGACUGGGAGGAGAAGCGGGCGGCGCUCACCCAGUACAGCGCCAAGGACAUCAACCGGCUCCUGGAGGAGACCCAGGCCGAGCUCAUGAAGGCCAUCCCCGACCUGGAAUUCGCCGCCAAGCACAAACAAACCCCGGGCAGCGGCAGCGCCGCCUCCACGCCCGAGCACAAACCCUCCAAGCCACAGCACACCCCCAAAGCGGGGGGCAAAGGGGACCCCAACGGCCGCCGGGGCUCAGACGAGCUGACGGUGCCGCGGUACCGCACCGAGAAACCCUCCAAGUCGCCGCCGCCUCCCCCGCCCCGCCGGAGCUUCCCCUCGUCGCACGGGCUGACCACGACCCGCAGCGGCGAGGUCAUCGUCACCAGCAAGAAGGAGCCCGGCUUCAUGAAGAAGGCGGAGUCGGAGGAGCUGGAGACGCCGAAGCCGCAGGUGAAGCUGAGGCGGGCGGUGUCCGAGGUGGUCCGGCCCGCCUCCACCCCGCCCAUCAUCGCCUCGGCCGUCAAGGACGACGACGACGAGGACCGGAUCAUCGCCGAGCUGGAGGUGUUUCAGCGGAGCUCAGCCUCCCCUUUCCUCCCCGAGCCCCGCUGUGACCCCCUCGAGGCCGUGUCCCCGGGCCACUCCGAGCCGCGGCCCCGCGGAGCCGCGGCGGCGGCCGAAGGAUGGAAGGAGCCGCUGGCAGCCCCGGCCAGCCGGGCGUUCUCCCUGCCCCAGAUCGUGCUCACCGAGUGGGUGUCGGAGCCGCCGUCCCCCGAAGCCGAGCCGGAGCUGUGGGUGGCACCGGGCAGCGCAGCGGCAGGAGGGCAGCUGCCACCCGCGGGGACACGGAGAGGCCGUGUGGCGGCUCCUGGCAGCUCCCCAGAGUCCCCGCUGGCACAGGAAUCCCCUCCAGCCCCGCAGCCGCCCGGCAGCGCAUCCCGGGCGUUUCCCCUGGCAGCCCCGCCUUUCCCGAGGGAUAAAAUGGGGGGACAAAGAGGGGACGCGGCUCUGGACGCUGCCGGCAGGCCAGGAGGCGGCGACAAGGCUUGUCCCCAAAGUCCCGAGGCCGCGCAGCCUCCUCGGAGCCGCGGGGAAGACGCCGGAGCUGCGGCACUCCCCUCCGUGGGUGCCGGGAUCAUUCCCCAAAUCCCCGCUGGCGAUGGGGACUCCCAAAGAGGAGCCAGGCUCGCCCCUGGACACUCAGCCGGCGCUCCCAGAGCCGCAUGGAGGGAGGAGAGCCCGCCGCCCCGCCCGGGGGCGCGUCCCGGGGGUCCCGCGGGCUGGGAGCCGGCCCCGCGAGCAGCGGCACCUUCCCGGGCGGAGCAGCCGCCCCCGGAGCGGAUCCCUGCCCGCUGCAGCCUCGCCACGGCCCCUCCGGGAUGGGACCGAGGGGCUCCGGCUGCCGGGGGCGACCCCGGAGCGGCGGGGAAAGCGGCGGAGGGGCUCCGCAGAGGCCACUUGUCCCCCGCGGCCCCGGGCAAGAAGGAGAUUUACGAGGACACCUACCAGAGACUGGACAGCCUGGAGGAAACCAUCCGCGAGCUGGAAAUGACCAUCAGCGAGAUCAGCAGCCACCCCGCCGUGGAAUUCGCGUUCCCCAAGGACGCUCUGGGAUCCGAGGAGGCCGGGAGGAGCCUGGGGGACCUCGGGCACGGAGGCUGCGACGGUGACACCGCGCUGGACCUCAGCCAGGCCAGGGACGGCGCUGCCAAGAGUCCCUUUGCGAGCAGGACCAAGCCAGCGCUGCUCCCCAAGCCGCAGCUGCCCCCCGGCACUCCCCAGAGCGGCGGCGUCUCCAUCCCGGCCAUGAAGGUGGUGAACCCGGCGUCGCGGCUGAAGCAGGGCCAGCAGGGCAGCCCCGACAAGGGCAAGCACAUCAAGCAGCGCAUGGAGUACAUGCGGAUCCAGGGCCAGCAGCAGAGCUCUCAGAGCUUCCCCCCACCAGCGCCGGGCCAGGAGCAGCUUCCAGCUCCCACCGCGCAGAAAAUCGGCAAGCAGCGGCGGCCGAAGACACCCCCGGAGCGGCCCCCGGAGCGGCCCCGGGAGCGGCCCCCGGAGCGGCCCCCGGAGCGGCCCCCGAGCGCCCCGGGAGCGGCCGCGUUGUCGCCGCGGGAGGAGAGCGCAGCUCCGGCCAGGGCUCGCCGGUGGGUGGCCGGCGGGGCCGAGGGCUCGGGGACAUCCCGGGGCUCGGGGACAUCCCGGGCCGCCGCCACCGCCGCCGCCGCCGCGUCCCCUCGAGGGGGGCCGGGGGGUCCCCGGGAGUGCCGGAGGGGCCGCAGGGCGCGGGUGUGACCUGGGGAGGGGUCCGGGCCCGAGCGGCCGGGGGGACGCGGGGGGUGCGGUGAUGCCGGGGGGGUCGCCCGGCCGCUGCUCUGUCCCCUCCCGGUGGGGACGAGCGGGCGGGACGGGGGCCCGGAGCCCCGGGGGAGCAGCCCCGGCCCUGCCCAGCCUGGGGGGGAGCGGGCGGGGGGGCCGUGGCCGCCCCCGUGCAGCGUGGCUGAGCCAGGUGUGCCCAGGUGGCCCCCAGGUGGGCCCCAGGUGGGCCCCAGGUGUGCUCAGGUACACUCCAGGUGUGCCCAGCUGUGCCCGGGUGUGCCUAGGUAUGCCCCAGGUGUGCCCUAGCUGUACCCACCUGUGCCCAGGUGGGCUCCAGGUGCAGCCAGCUGUGGCCAGCUGUACCCAGGUGUACCCCAGGUGUGCCCAGGUGUGCCCAGGUGUGCCCAGGUGUGUGUGUGCGUGUGCUGUGCGUGUGCAGCACGAGAUCCAAUCACUCCUUCCGUUCUCUGUUUCGUCCUUGGGUUGAUUCUUUUCGGGUUUUUUUAAAUUUCAAUUCCUUUUUUCUUCCUUUUCCCCCUCCUCUGAUUUUUUGGUUUGUUUUUUUUAAUUUUUUUUUUUUUUUUGUAUCUCGAUCAUUUUUGUACAGAAGAAACGAGAGCCUUUUUUCGAAUAACGAAGAGAAAACACACACAAAAAAGAACAAAAACCAAAAAAAAAAAAGACCAAAAAAAGAAAGGAAAAAAAAUGAAAAAAAAAUCAUGAUGCAAUUUCUUUGGAUUGCAAAAAAAGCAACUCUUUACAUUUAAGUGAAGUGUCUUAACAUUUUAUAUUGUUUUAAAAAAUAUAUUUACAUAUUAUAUAUAUAUAAUAUACGUAAUAUAAAUCUAUAUAGAAAUAUUUAAAGAGGGGAAAAAAACCUAAAGAAAAAAAAAACUAAAAAAAAAAAAAAAAAAAAAAAAGGAAAAAGAAGAGAACAAAAUAAAUCCCGUCCGGUGUUCCUUAGGGGUGGAUUCCAGAUCCCUGCUUAGGUCUAGAGCUCCUCGUGGUUCCCACAGCGGCUUCGUCGCCCUCGCGUCGAGUCCCCGCCCUCUCUCCGUGUCCGCAGGUGUCCCCAGGUGUCCCCAGGUGUCCCCGGUGGCCCUGGGGACCCCGCGCGUGCCCCGGUGCCAGCCGCAGUCCCGCCGCCCCUGCCGCUCGUUUGGUUUUCGCUGCGUUUCUGCUCUCGGUACCAAAGCGAACUCUGUGCCCGCGGCUCCGGGGGCGGCACCUGGCGCUGUCCCCUCCCCUGUCCCGCCGUCACCCCGCCGUGUCACCUUCUGUCACCCUGUGUCACCCCGGGGGGGGCGCGGUGACAGCUCCCGAGCUCUGCUGGCUGGAGGUGACAAUGCCACCCCCUUGGGGACACCCACAUCGAGGUGACAAUGCCACCCCCUUGGGGACACCCAGACGGGAGGUGACAAUGCCAUCCUCCAUGGGUGACAAUGCCACCCCCUUGGGGACACCCAGACGGGAGGUGACAAUGCCAUCCUCCAUGGGUGACAAUGCCACCCCCUUGGGGACACCCACAUCGAGGUGACAAUGCCACCCCCUCGGGGACACCCAGACGGGAGGUGACAAUGCCAUCCUCCUUUACGACUCCCUCAAAAAUGUCGUGGGGGGUGACGAUUGCCACCCUUGCUGUGACACGCACGGAAAUGACACGAGAAGGUGACAAUGCCAUCCUCCCUGGGGACACCCCCAAAAAUGACCCGGGCGGCGGCUGUCCUCGGUGUCCCCACCUCGGUGUCCCCACCGCGGUGUCCCCAGGCUGUCACCCAUCCCGGGGGGGUGUCCCUUUUCCCACCCCCACUUUGUCCCCGGCCACCCCUCCCAGCCGGGUGUCCCUGGGAGCAGGGAGGUGACAGUGGCAAACCAGGGGGUGGCGGCGCCAGGCGAGGGGGUGGCAGGUGCCAGGCUGUCCCCAAGGCCCCCGCCGUGUCCCCGUGAGCGUGGCGUCCCCGCGUGCGUGUGCGUCCGUCCCCUUCAUGGCAUCGCGCAGAUCCCUCGCUGCAGCAAGGCAGCAACAAAAAAGCACCAAAAAAAACCACAAAAAACCGAAGCUAGCGACAAAACCGACUCGGUUCCGGUUCAGACCGGGACAAAAGAUCUGAAAAACGACAAAAAAAAAGAGGAAAAUGUGUAAAAAGCACAAAAAAAGCCCGAAGGCAAGCGCUGCCCGCACCGUGCAUGUGUCAGGCGCCGCUGCAUGCGCUCCCCGCUUUGCUCGUCUGGAUGUUGUUUCAAAACGAACAAACAAAAAAAGGCUACGACUCUGAAAAGGACAAAAAAAAAAAAAAAAAAAAAAAAAAAAAA